AUGACGGCCAAUGCAGGUGCGCCCGCAGGCACCAAUCUGUCGGACAUCCCGCUGGAACACCUCAGUCUUUACCAUGCUGUCGACUCCUACCUCUCCUCCGUCCUCGUUUUUUAUGGCCCCGUUGCAACCGCCAAUGCCACCGUAAGCAGUUCGCGCAUUCAGGCGCAUAUUUUCAGCCCCGCAGGGUUCCAAAGUUACACUCGAAUAACAAUUUCACCUGCUGCACCGCUUUACGCAGCAGUGAACCACCUACCCCGCGAAAGACAAGGCGAUGCAGUUUGUCGCGCACUUGCCGUGAGCAUGCUGAAAUACUUUGCCGAGUUGUCGAGUCCUCUCAAAUCCCUUUUGGCUGAAAGGUCACAGCCGGCGCGACAAGGUGGAAAAUUACCGAAGUUAUUUGACGAGAUGCACGCCGCAGAUCUAGCCAGCCGUAUGACAAAAGUGGAAGACUCGACGGAAAUUAUUCGGGAUAUUCGCAACUCAUUCCAUGAACGAAAAGUCCCUUGGACUGACCUCGACGUUGUUCUACCAGCCGGCACUAUACAACACUCCGAGAGAAGAGAAAGCGCCGGUUCGGACAUGGAAGAAUCACAAAACCUCCAAUAUGGCCAAUAUACACCUCUUAUUAUGGCACUUGGGGACCCCAUGUUUUUACCAACAUCGCGUCUCAAACGUGCGCCGUCACAAUCAACUAAUGUGAGCAAAUCCAGGAUUUUCACACGUGGCCAGAAGGAAUCUGUUCGUCUUACCAUGUGUGAACUUGUGGAUACCGAGGAGCGAUAUGUUGCCAAAUUAUAUUCGCUCGUGCAUGAGGUUGCGGACGAGUUCCGCCAAAAAGCUCAAGGAAGAGGUCCGUCCAGUACCAGUCCGGACGAGGCAGCCUUAGAAACCCUCUUUCCGCCAUGUCUGGAUGAAAUCUUGGAAGUCAAUCUUGGAUUCCUAGAUGUCAUUCGGCAGGUCCUCGAUGACACAGAGAAAGACGCACUCGAAGAUAUCGGGCAAGACACUGAGCUUCCUCCGCGCCGAAGCGCAGCACGGGAGAAUAGGGAUGCAAUUGGCGCCGCCGAAUUUGCAAAAGCAUUGCUCGAUUGGUUGCCACAAUUCUCCCAACCAUAUGCUGAAUACAUGAGGGCACACAAUGGGUUUGCUCAGAUACUUAACUCGUUCAUGCGGGAUAAGAACUCCAGUUUUUCGAGGCGAGUCUAUGAGACAGGAGAACAGAGGCUGCGGUCUCUUCUGAUGGAGCCCGUUCAGCGGCUUCCUCGCUACAGUUUAUUGAUUGAUACCAUGACAGGCAGCCUGCCCCUGGUUCAUCCUGCUGUGCGUCCUCUGCUGAAAGCUCGAGACAUGGUGAAAGAUAUUUGUGCUCUGGAGAAUUCCUCCCCAUCUGGUCAUGCACAGAGCCUCCGUCGUUUGAGGGAGCUUGUUGAUAGCUGGCCAGCAAAAGUAUUUCCAGAUGGCCGCUUGAUAACGGCAGUUGAUGUCGAUGAGGUCACUGUUCCAUACCAACUGGAUGGGCAAGCAACAGGCCCUGGAGCUGGGAUAGUACUUCUCUACCGAAACUGUCUUGUGAUACUUGCAAAGUGCGCAGACAGUCGAAGCACCGCACGUGGCGUGCUGGCAGACAUUGAUAAUGCCGCGUCUUCAACUACUGAUACCUCUAUGAACCUACCACCAUCCGAGCUCAAGGUUGCUCAAGUUCUAGAGCUUCAUACUGUGCGCUGCAUGCAAUCGGCAUGCGGUCGGAUAUUGUAUAUCGUGCCAGCCUCAUACCAAUCAGGUUCAGACCCCCUCGACAGCGGCGCUGAUCUUAUUGCCCUAGAAUUGACAUCGACGUAUGAAGGAAAGGCCGGUCGACUGAUUGAGGAAAUUGCAAAAGCAAAAAUUGAAGGCCGCUAUUCAGAACAAGAGCGAGAAGGUGACAAAUGGACACUGCGGAGCCCUGCUGCCGCUCUGGGAACAACCAAUCUUCUAGCCUGUGUGUGCGAAGACGGCCAGACUGAGGCUCUCAAUCAUGUCUACUCGUCUCCCAUACGCGUGGUAUUUGACAAGCCGAAAGGAAACUCGAUUCAAAUGCUGAGAAGCACUCACUUGGAGGUUGUCAUAUCUAUUUCUCCUCCCAACGGCGAUCAGUUUAGAAUGGAUGUGGACUCUGUGAUUGGUGCCCCUUCAACGGAUCUGGUGUCGGCAGACACAUUCAUCUCAACACUUUCAAGACGCAUGCAAAGUCUUCUUUCACCUCUACACAGUCCACAGAACCCCAAAAUUAUGACUCCAUUGGUUCAGUCUAAUUUUGAACUUAUUCGAUACAUUGCAAGCAGCUUGAUCACCCAAGCCAAAGCAUCCCGUGGAUUCCGACCACCUUCACCAACGAAGCUGAUAUCCAAUUUACUGGGAGGCAGCCGUGAAAAUGUUCCGACUAUCAAGCAGCCAAACUCGGCGACUCUGUUGGGUGAAUUUCCUAAAAUGCCUCCCCCGAGGGGCAAUCUUUCCAGAUCGAACACUCUGCCUUCCACCUUUCCUGGCAAAGAUAAAGAAAAAGAGAAAGGAGAAACGUCUAACAAGAUAUCCGUGGUUGGGACGCCUGCCGCACGAGGCCCUGAUGGCCAACUUGGAUCGCUGGAGCAAACCUUCGCAGCCUACGUGCUCUCUUUACAGUCUCGAAGUGGGAAUAUCCUUGGGCGAAUGCUUCGCGCUAGAGAGGCUGCGGACCGCUCUCCAGUGAAUGAGCUAUAUAAUAUCCUCCUGGAAGACCCCUGCAAACUCCAAGCUGCUGCAGAAGUGCCCGUUGACACCUUGUUUGUUGCUUUUGAAACUUUCAUGAAAAACGCGUGGAAGCGGAGUAUGGGCCCUGUGCUGGACAAAUCGUCUUUGCGGCAGCUUCAAAGUCAAUUUGACACCAUGUUUCCUCGUGAUUUUGAUGAAGAAUUUCGGAAGUUUUUGGCAGAUACUAGUCCACAAAAUCGCCGUGCCUUGGCUGCUAUCAUCCGGCUGCUUGCGGAGUUGCUAGACGCAUCUGGGAACGAUGGGGACCGUGGAGCAUUGACAAUGGCCUUCGCUGAGGUUCUCACAGAGGAUGGUGACCCUGUACAUCACGUAUCACUCUUGGAUAGACUUGUUGAGGACUUCGACAAUCUCUUCGAGGAAUUCAUCCCCAGUGGAGCCUCAGUCGAAGGGACACUGACCAGUGAUCAAUCCCAAACCAAGACAUCACAGGCCAAUACUGGGUCUGUGGGUUCAAAUAAUUCUUCAUUCCGGAAGCGCUUCGGAUUCAGCCUUCACAAGGACAGCCAGAAGAGUGAGGGUGAAAGCAAGGUUGCUUCGAUCUUGCGAACACUGAGCAAGAGACAAAGCCCGGCUGAUUCAGAGCCUAACACCCCCAAGGGAUCUCUGUUACGCUCCAAGUCCACCGAUGUGGAUGCACGCCUGGGUUUCCUUCGGCCCACAUCGCGCGAUCGCCCGUUCGGGUUUUCAUCCGAGGAGCAAAUAUCAAGACCAGGCACUGGCCACGGACAGACCCCAUCUUUGUCUUCUAUGAGGGGAAUAUCGCAUGAUAGCGUCGUGAAGGUUCGCCGAAAAAGGCGGAGCUCUCUGUCAGACCUACGCCCCCAAACCGCGUCUUCGGAGGCCUCCAAUAUUUCCAGUAUCUCCAAUGUCUCCCCAACCCACCAACUACGCCCUGUUACUCCGAUCAGUCGCCCUCGAGCCGAGCCAGCUACACCGACUAGCCAGCCACCAAGGCCACAUAGUAGUUAUUUGUCAAGAUCACCUACGAGAGGUACAUCACCGGCGAAAGCAACCUCUCCUGCCCGCUUAGGAUCACCUAUUCGAAGGAUGUCGCCUACACGCCCUUCGACCCCCAGUAGGAAAGAGAACAUUGAUCCUCAGAUGCCCCAAUCCGAGAGAGCUGCCAAGACUUCGCGUGUCAUUCCAGAAUCGCCAACUCAGGAAUUGAAGAGGCGAUCCCGCGCGACUAGCAUUCCUCAGCGAACACCAGGACUCCGAGAGAGACCCACGGCCAACACGGAAAAUAAGCGUCCGCAAUCUUCGUCCUCAGCUCAAAGAACUCCAAAGUUGCGAUUGCAAAGCUCACAGAAGCUUCGUGAACGCGUGAAGACGGAGAAAAAGACUCAAGCUACUGCACAAAUCGGUCUUCGAGACGAGCUGACAGCCCUUGGCAAUGAGAUGCAUGCCUUGAGGCUAACGCCGCCAAAGGAAUCUAAUAUGGAGACCAAUGAGGGAACCGCAGGGUCUCAGCCAACCUCAGAAAGAGGUGCAGCGCUGGAGAGUCGUUUCCGCAUGCUGGAAACCCGAUUUGACCAGUUCGUGGGUGAGUACAAUGGACGCACGGCUGUUUUAGAGAGAGAUGUAGAGUCAUCUCUGGUUGUCAGCGAAAAACGCGUAAAGAAGCUGGACGAGUUGUACCGUGAGGCCAGUGCAGAGAACGAGGCCCUCUACGAUCGGUUCAACUCGGAGCUCAGCAAACUCUCAAAGGAUGUGCGGACGGGUAGCGCAGAAGAGUCUUUGCAAGCCCAACUGAACAAUGCCCUAGAGGAGAUCAGUCGCCUGAAAAAAGAGAAUUUUCGACUCAAGAGAGAGGUCGGAGGUCUUCGGGCACAACAGGCUGCCGUUGCUCUAACGAGAGCAAGCGAUCAAUGA